UGCCUUCAUUUUGGCCUCUAGGGACGUGCGGCGGCUGAAUGCAAUCAUGGUGUACGUCAUCAGCCGUCGCCGCUUCUAGGGGGAACAUGUGGACGGGACAGCAUGGCCGAACCUGUCAGCCUCGGGAGUUCAGCUCCAGCCGACUCCGCCGAAAAGCCCACGGCCCUGUCCUGUCUGCAGUUACCGUCCUUCUCCGAAGCGCGCAGCUUUAUAGACAGCAAGUAUUCGUGUCUGGUGGUGAAGACGCAUAGCAGGCACUUAGCGCUGCCCCCCAAGUAUCUGGGCAAGAAACGCACCGGCAUAAAGGAGAACCUCGAUGCCGAACUUCUCAAGUACAGCGCGGGAUUGGAAGGAGUUCCUGUGGCGUAUGACAACAUAAAGAUUGUUGGUGAACUGGGCGACAUAUUUGAUGAUAUCGGAUUCAUUCACAUCAAUGUUGAAGCAGACUUUGUCAUAUUUCAGCCACAAUGUGGACAGAAGCUUGUGGGUGUUGUGAACAAGAAGGCUCCCAGUCAUCUUGGUUGCUUAGUCCAUGGCUGCUUCAAUGCAUCCAUACCGAGGCCUAUGAAGAUGCCUAUUGAAGCUUGGCAGCAAUUAGAAGUGGAUGUAGGCGAUGAGCUGGAGUUUGAAGUCUUCCGAAUGGAUUCUGAUGCAGUGGGCGUUUUCUGCAUUCGUGGCAAACUAAAUAAGAAAAUGGAAUCUGAUGCUACUGAAAAACUGAAUGCGAUGUCUAAGGAACAGAAUGCUAAUGUACCAAAUGAAGGGCAGAACAGUACAGAAACCUCAGGGGAAGGAGCAGCUGGUAUGACAAGCAUUUUAUCAGGGGACAGCUCAAAGAAAAAAGGCAAGAAACGUUUGUUGGAAGAAACACUUUCACAAAAUGAAUGUAUGGAAAAUCAAGAUGAUGCAAACGUGAGCUUGGUGGAAACUCCCAAGAAAAAGAGAAAAAAACAAAAGCAUCAGGAAGUCCCUUCUCAAGAUCAUUCUGUAGGGGUUGAUGGAUCUGCAUAUAAUUCUGCCAUGGAGAACUUAUUGACACAUCCGGAUUCUACACAAGAUGUUGACAUUGAUGCAUCAGUAGAUAGUGGCGUAGUUGGACUUGACAACGUGUCAAGUCAAGAACAUAAAACAAAAAAACCCAAGAAAAAGAAACACAAGGAUCACCCUGAUCUUGAGAGCAGUGUGCCCAAUGGAAUAACAGAAGGUUCUUUAAUUGAGGAUAAUAUAUUGGGAUUAGAAACCGAACCUGGAAAUGCCAAGAAAAAGCACAAGAAAAAACACAAAAAUACUUCUGAGAUUCAAGAUCAGGGUCCUGCAAAUGGUAUUGUCUCUGCUUCAUCUCAAGAAACUCCUGUAGAUGACUUAAUAAUCCAUCAAGAAGCCCCCAAGGUAAAGAAGCACAAAAAGAAACAUCGGGACACUACUGAAUUGGACAGUGAGAACGGUGCUUUUCACACCAAGGAUGGAAGAGAGGACAGCAGUACUCUGGCCACAAGUAGCAAAGAAGUUUCUGAACGUAAAGUAAAGAAGAAGAGGAGGAAAGAGUCACUGUAGAAAUGUGUCAGUUUUGUAAAUUCUUAUUUUCCUAUUGAAAAUAUAUUUUUUAAUAUUUUUGGAAACUCUACUUAUAUCAGUUUUAAAAGCUGUUUGCAUUUCUGAACAAUCCAUAAUUCUAAAUAUUCUGAAAUCCAGUAAGGGUUAUUUAAAGCUUGUCUCUAAGGCUGCUUUCACACUAUAAAACACUUCCGUUAUGAACGCCCGUUAGGAAAUCGGCAGUUAUACG